AUGGACGGUCACACAACACACACCAAAAAUCUGGAAGCCAUAACUCUAGCUAGAGAGAAUGGAAUAAUUAUGAUGUCAUUACCAGCUCACACCACAGAUGGGAUGCAACCGUGUGAUAUUUCAUUUUUUAAGCCCCUUAGCUCAUAUUACAACCAAGCAGCUGAUAAGUGGCUUCGUGCCAAUCACAGCCAAUAUAUUACACAAUUUCAAGUAUCAAGACUACUUGGAGAAGCGUAUGCUAUAGCAGCAUCGGUUGGAAACGCCGUUAGCGGCUUUGCAAAAUGGCCUUUAGAUCCCAAUGUUUUUGACGAUAGUGAGUUUGUUAGUCUUCCCAGUGAUAACAUGGAUUGCAUAAAUACCCUAAAGGACCAAAUAGAACCUAAAACACAAGCAGUUGCACAAGAAGUUUCUACUAGCGUCAAUAGCCGCUUGGAAAGCCCAUCUACCUCUACCUUGGAAGAAUCAGUGGAGGCAGAAUGUUCCACAUCAUCCCUACAAAAAUUUAAAUCUGUGUCCGAAAUAUCUCCUAUGCCAGUUUUGCGCCGAAAGACACGCACAGUCACUUCUAAUGGUACUGCAUUACUAACCAGCACUCCAUACAAGGAGAACCUUGAAGAACAACGUAAAAAGGUGGUUCGUUCUAAAACUAUUCGAAGUGUAUUUUCCUCCGCAAAGGGAACCACGAAAGGAAAAUCAUCUGCGUCAGCGCAAAAGACUCGUAAAAGGCACCGACCUUUGCUUCGGCCGCAGGAAUCGUCAAGUGAAUCUGACAACGAAGAUAGUCUUUGCAUUGUUUGUAUAUAUCCAUUUUCACAGUCCAUUCCAGGGGAAGAAUGGAUUCGAUGCACCUCAUGUAAAAAAUGGGCUCACUUGAAAUGCACUAAUGGCCGAAACAGUAUUUUUUAUUGGUGCAUAAAUUGUGAAUCUGAUCGCUCUGACAGUGACUAA